AUGACUUCAAAAGCUUCCAGAACCAUUGGGGGCUCUUCUGCAUCAAAUUCAGAUGGCAAAUUCUUGGUGACUGUUCGACUAUUGGAAGAUGACAAUUCGAUAAUUGUUUACAUUCCUGAGGCAGCCAAUGGUGGUUGGCUUUUGGAGGAGGUUUGUAGAUUGCAAGAGGUCCUUCCUGAAAUUGAAUACUUUGGUCUCCGAUAUGUCUCCUGCGAACUAUUAUCUGCCCCAACCAAGCAUUGGAUGAAUCUCAACAAACCCGUUCGAACCCAAUUAAGACAUACCAAUCCACUUGUGGUUUCCUUCCGGAUUAAACAUUAUCCUCCUGACCCUAUCACUGAAUUCAAAUUGGACAAAUCAAAGUACCUCCUGUUUCAUCAAAUUCAUCGGGAUUUCCUCAGUGGCCGCCUUAUUGCUCCACAUAAUGAUAUUAUACUACUCGCCGCCCUCUUCAUCCAAGACUAUGUAGAUGAUAUUGAUGUCCAAUCUCAUAAUGUAGUUUCCCUGGGAGACGCUUCGGAAAUGACAACGACGGCUUCAUCAGAUUCUAAUAGUCUUGGAAGCACAAAAGCAACGAAUAUUUCAACAGAAUCCUCUACGUAUCUCUCAAAUUACCGAGCACUUCACAAUACUAACAAGAAGUAUGAGCCGGAAAUACUGGAACAACAUCGCAAAUUGGAGUAA